AAAAACACACUUUAGAAAGAAGCUACGCAUGUAGUGAACACGAUUUCGGUUUUGUAAACCAAACCUACCGAACCGGUUACAAUAGGGACUCUUGAGGGUAGCAACUCCGAUGAAAUUCUCGCCGGAGAAGACAUCUAUACAUCACUUUUUCAGCAGCCAUCUUAAGAUUGCAUCGCUUCACAUCUAGAAGAAGAAUUUGUUUCGUGGGCAUGGAGAAGCUGAAAUCAAUAAUUCCAGACCCACUAAAACAGAUAAUUUCUGAAAGCAAUCCCGAUGACCUGUCUUUCACGUGCAGUUCACUCCUUGAAUUCUUCAACCACUUGCCCCUCUUUCACCAAAUGGUUAGAGACUUGACAGACCCUGAAAUGGGACUAUGCGCGAAGAACAAGGAGGCUGCUUUGAAAGACAAAGCAAAGGGCAAUGAGUGCUUCUCCAAAAGGGAUUAUCCAAAUGCUUUGCAUUUCUACUCACAGGCUCUGCGCGUUGCUCCAACAGAUGCUGAAGAUAUGGAGAAAAAUCUGGUUGGAAUGCUAUAUGUGAAUCGUGCAUCAGCUUUGCAUAAAAUGGGACUAUUUUUGGAAUGUCUACGAGAUUCCAGCAGGGCUCUUACAAUAUCCCCUAGCUCUGCGAAGGCCUGGUUUAGGAGGGCUAAGGCCAAUGCUUCGUUGGGAAAUUAUAAAGAUGCAACUGAAGACUUGAAUGUAUCACUGAAGAUGGAGACAUCUUUGAACGGAAAAAGACAGAUAGAAAGUGAAUUGAGGAUGAUCUUGGACCAAUCCAAGCAGAUAAGUGGUAUGCUGGAGGAACCAAAUGAUGGAAACUCCGAAAUCCUUGGUGAUGAACCACUCCAAAUAAAGUUACACUCUGUUUGUACAGCAACGAAAGGAAGGGGAAUGGCUUCUUUAAGUGACAUACCUCAAGCCACUUUAAUUCAUAAAGAAGAUCCUUAUGCUGCGAUCAUAUUGAAGCAGUGCCGAGAUACUCACUGUCACUUCUGCUUCAACGAACUACCAGCUGAUACUGUGCCCUGUACAUCUUGUUCUGUACCGUUAUACUGCUCAGUCCAAUGUCAAUUGCAAGCGGGAGGAUAUGAUCUUUGCAACCAUCUGAGAAGAUGUGAAUUUCCUGAAAAUUUAUCAGAUGAGCUUGAAGAUUAUGUUAGACAAGUUACUUCAGUUGGUAUUUUUAGUUCAAAUAAUGAGCACAGUGCAGAACAUAGACAUGAAUGUCAAGGUGUGCAUUGGCCUGCCGUCUUGCCAUCUGACAUAGUUCUGGCCAGCCGUGUCAUGAUGAGAUAUACGCAGCAACAAGGUCACUGUAGUGUUGAUUUUAACAUCCAUGGAAUUCUGGAUCUUUGUCACAACUACGGAAAACUUUCUCCUGAGAGUAAAUUGGAGUUGCAUAUCUAUUCUAUUAUUCUGUCAUACUGCCUUGAGCAUAUUUGUGAAUUGAAACUUCUCAGGAGUGCAGUUAUUGCUUCACAGAUUGUUAUACUUCUAUCGCAAAUCAGGGUCAAUUCCAUGGCAAUUGUCCGUAUGAAAAUUCCAGAUUUAAAGGGACGUUUGGAUCAUGACAUAACAAGUACUGUGGAACAGGUAAGAGUGGGUCAAGCCGUAUAUGCAGUUGGCAGUUUCUUCAACCACUCCUGCCAGCCAAAUGUUCAUGCAUAUUUCCUUUCACGCACUCUCUACGUACGAGCAACAGAAUUUGUAGCAACAGGACACGAAUUAGAGCUCUCUUAUGGCCCACAGGUUGGACAGUGUGCCUGCAAAGACCGUCAGCAGUUGUUGAAAGAUCGAUACUUAUUUAUCUGUCAAUGUAGUGGUUGUGCUCGUCUAAAUCCAUCUGAUCUUUUCAUAAGUGCUUAUCGGUGUACUAAACCAAAUUGUUAUGGAGUAGUCCUGGAUGGCUGUGUUGCCAAAUAUGAGAAACAGAAACUUAACAACUCGUGUGGUACCCUUGAAACUCGGAGGACUCUUAAGCAGAAGGCUGAUAUGCUUGAUGAUGACAUCAAAAAAGUGGCUCAUCACUUGUUUAGACAAACUUGUCAAAAUGGUCAGUGUGAGCCGGGGCGUUGUUGGAGUUGUGGUUCAUAUCAUGAUAUAGAAGCUUCACGAGCAACGAUUGUCAAAGCUGAGAUUUGUGUCAGCAGGUUGCAAGAAGCUAUAGCUUCCAAUGGAGUCCCAUUUACUGCACUUUUGGAUGCCUUGAAAUCUAUUGAUAUUCUCAGAAUGCAUUUGCAUCCAUACAACAAGAGAAUAGCUGAGGUGGAGGACAAUGUCGCCCAAGCAUUUUGUCUAGUUGGGGACUUGCAAGCUGCACUAGACCAUUGUCGAGCUUCAGUUGAGAUCCUUGAAAAGCUCUAUGACCCAAACCACAUUGUCAUCGGAAACGAAUUGAUUAAACUAAUAUCCGUUCAGCUAUCCAUGGGUCACGACAUUGCUGCAGAUGACCUGGAUCGAUUGGCUGCAAUAUUUUCCCGAUAUUAUGGAUCACAUGCAGAGAUCAUAUUUCCACAUUUGCAGUACCUUAAACAGAGAAACCUACAAACUUCUUGACCAAAAGUAGCCAGCCAUUCUUAUGUUGUGCUGGAUCAGUAAGCAACAUGGCUCUACCCCUCCAUGAAUAUUGUCAAUGCUGUGUGUGUUUUGCAUUUGUUAUGCCAAUCGUUCUGUCUGUCGAACCCACCAACCAACCCCCGCAUCCCCAUCAAAGAAUACUGUUGAAAUCUCGUUCCCGUUAUAUAAUGGUUAUUUUUUACUUUUGGUUCGAUCUCCGUUGAUGUUAGUAUGCAAAUGGGUGUUUCGUCUCCUUACGGUUAAAUAGAGUGGGUUUCCAAUCAUGCUUUGUAAAUUAUGGUUGAUAGAACAUCUUCAAGAGACUCUAAUUAUAAAAAAAUAUUUUAUGCAUAA